AAUCGAGGCGUUUAAAUUCGAAAUCUACCGACCACUUGCAUUGCAAGACGAUUUCGAAAAGUAAACUGUGGGUUGAGUUAUUUGCGUCAAGAGAAGUUAUUUUAUGCUUAUCCGACUCCUUGAUUGAGGAUGAGUUCUACUGCUGUGAAUGAUGAGAAUCGUGGGAUCUGCCCUGGAAGAAAGCACAGCAAUUCAGAGACAAGUUGUGACAUCUUUUCCUUGGAUCAGCCGACUGGGAGGCCAUCCAUCCUUCGCCAGUCUCAGGCAGAGAACCUGUCCAACAAAACUAUAGGAAAGGGAGGGAAGGUUUGUUUUCAGACUCCAAGAAGGGACCCUCACACUAAGAGAAUAGAAUCACCAACAAAGUCCCUCAAGAUGGCAAGCGUAGAUUACUGUACAAAAGCCCUAGAGUCUCUGCAGCUUACAACACCUGAAGAGGUGUUGCUGCAGGAAAUCAAUGUGCCUGUUGAUGUGCCAAAAUCAGUGGACUUUUCAGAUGUGUCAUCCUAUCCUGAUGAUGACAUGCCAAUUCAGAGUAAAGGAGGUUAUCAGCUGGAUUUUGAUAACCUUGAUGUCAUCAAUCCCUUCCAAGGUUCUGGUAAAAUGGUCCUCUCUCCAGCAAGGCACAGUGAACUGGUUGAAACCUCCAAGGCUGUUAAUCUGAGUGAACCUAAUGUAGUUGAGGCAGUUUCUCAUGAGAAGAUGUUAGAUGAUUUUGACAAGAUUGAAACGGCACUGGAUGAGACCCUCCCGUUCAUGCCAUCACUGGAAAAUUCUCUUGAUGACAUCUCAGCUGAUGUGUGUUCAACAGAUAGCAGUGUGGUCACCAUGACAAAGGAUCCAGCCAUUGAGUUAUCCAAAGCUGAUGAGGACGAGACUGUACAGUCAUCCGUUAACCUUAACCCAGAUCAAGCUGUCGCCAUCUCUAGAGAUAAGGAGACUCCUCUGCCGCCCAAAGGUUCUUACAAAUUCGAUUUUGACGACCUUGAUUCAGUCAAUCCUUUCCAAACAGGAGCCUCACAAAUUCCGAAUUCCCCCGUACUUGGAAGAAAGCUGCCAUGCAAUGAACCCCCAGAGGUGGAAGUUGAAGAGACUGCCCCUGCUGGUAAGGAAAUGGGACCUGCAGCCAUGGUUCGGGUGUCUCAGCCAGUUGUAUUGGCGCCUGUCCAGCCAGAGAUGAGAGCUAUUGCACCAUUGUCACCUGCUCCCAAGGAGACGAGCCAGCCCGCUGAAGACUCCAUGCCUCAGCCGGGUGAAGCCGCUCCCAAUGCCGGGCCAGUGAAACUUGAGUUCAAUUUCGAGGACGGCGGGGAGAUCAAACGUAAGCCUCUUCCCAAGCGGUUUGUCAAAAGGCCUCCGGGUCUUAAGCCUUCAGAGAAAAAGGCUGUACCUGAAGAAAAGAAAGAACCUCUAUCUAAGGAAUCUCCAGUGAUGCCAGCGGUCAGUGAUUCUGAUAUUCCUGGUCCAAAAGGCGUGUACAACUUUGACAAGUUUGAUGACCCAGACUUCAAUCCAUUUGGUACAAAUGCAAGAAUGAGUGACUCUAUGGUGAAAUCCAGUUUAGAGGCCAAGGGAUCAAACUCAGUCAGGGUGGCUGCCUCCCCUGAUAAAGUGACGGAGCCUGUUCAGAAAGACACCGCACCAUGGCCACUUCUUCCUAGUGCUGGAGACAAAAUUUCAAGGACUGAACCUGAUCUUUCUGCCACAAGAGAAGGAAUUGACAACAUUCCAUCUGAAGCUGCUGAUCUUGUGGAAUCAUGUGAAGUUCAGGAUCCUUUGUCUGGCCAAGAGCAGGAACCUCCAACUGAACCUGACCAACCUUCACUGAGCACCCUAGAACCCUUUGAACUCUGCCCAUUUGAGCAGAGCCCACAAAAUGGCAUGUCAGAAUUUAAUGACUUUGUUCCUGGAACCACAUUCAUGGCGAAUGACUUUGAUGGACAGAUGGACUACCUGGAGCAGUUUGGCUCCAGCAAUUUCAAGGAGUCAGCACUGAGGAAACAAUCUCUGUACCUCAAAUUUGACCCCCUCAUGAGAGAAAGCCCCAAGAAGUCUGGAGGCCCCACAGGACUCGACAACCUCCCUCAACCGGAUGCCUUUGCUUCACGUGUGGAUACCCAGAAGACUGGUGCUAAGGAGGAAGUGAAUGAGGUGAAUGGACUGAAAUCUCUCAACCCCAAACUUAUUGCUGUCCCACCACCUGUUCAGGUUGUUGGUCCUAUGACUCCUCUUGUGCAAAAUUCCCCUAUGAAUCUAGCCUCCACUUUCCCCCAACCAGCCAACACUGAGGAUAACAUCAUAGAGGUGCUUAAAUACAGUCAGCAAGAUAUGGAUGCUGCCAUUGCCAAGAUCCAGAAAGAAGUAAAGGAACAGGAAGCUCAAUGGAAGGCAAAGCAUGACAAGCUGUCUUGGGAUAAUCAUGCAAUGGGGAAAAUUAUGUCUGAAUUUGAAGCCACAAUUGCUCAGAUAUUGGCUGAUAAACAAAGGGAGAAGGAGAUGGCCCAGGCUGAGAUCACUAAAGUCUUGCAGGAGAAGGAGCAGGUAUCACAGGACCUGAACACCAUGGAGAGGUCCUUCUCUGAGCUCUUCAAGAGACUGGACAAGUACAAAGAGGCCAUCGAGGGUUACAAAAAGAAUGAAGAGAUGCUGAAGAAAUGUGCUCAAGAUUACCUGGCUAGGAUCAAGAAGGAGGAGCAGCGCUACCAGACCCUGAAAGUCCAUGCAGAACAGAAAAUUGGCCUGGCGAAUGGAGAGAUUGCAGAGGUUCGCUCCAAACUAAAGUCAGAGGUCUCUGCACUUCAGGCCCAGCUGCGCAGAGAGCAGCUAAAGGUCCAGUCACUGGAGAAUAGCCUUGACCAGAAAGUAAAAGAGACUGAAGAACUCACCAAUCUUUGCGAUGAGCUAAUCGCUAAAGUCCAGAAGGGCUGAGUUCAACUGUAUGUUUAUGUCCUUGCCUUUUAUUGCUGUAGUUUAGAUUUUUUACAAAUCUAAAUAUGUCCUCUUCCUGAUGAGCAUGUGUGAAUAUCGCUUUGUAAGUGUUUUGCUGCUCUUGAAAUGUAAUAGUACUUCACUGGCUCAUCUACUGAUUCAUAUUUUGUCAAUGUUGGUCUUGUUCAUGUCUUUAUUACUGUAAUAAUAAAACAUUUUACUAAUCAAGAUCCGUUGUAGCUCCUUGCAAGUUUAUUUGAAUUGCAUUGUAGCCUUCAAUUCCAUUUUGAUCCUCCAGGAGAUGCUGUUUACCAUAAGUAAUAUUUUGUAGUGUAGUCUUUGCAAAGGUAAUUUUGAGUUUGUGGUUGCGUGCAUUCAUUGCAUGUUCUGAUGAGCAUAGCAGUGACAUUUGUACAAGUUAUUCUGAACAGUAGCUAAAAGUACCUCCGUAGAUUCUUCUAGUGAUGUGCUGUUAAAACAUUUCAAUAGCCUCUUGUCUCCAGAACCAAAGCUCAUCCCGUUCCACAAUGCUUACAACAAAACAAGCUACCCUGAUACAAUGCUCCCCUUCUUCCCUGAGCAAUCACAGGGUCCUGUCACAUCACUCCCAGACCAGGACAAUGCACUUCCUAAAUGGUGAAAGGAAAUCCUACCUAGAUUGGAGAUGAAUGAGGUGGUAGUGUGGGGCAGAGGGGAGGAGAAGGGCUAGAUUCACUCUUAAAUGGGAGCGAUGCUAGUCGGUGUACUCUUGCAGGGGCCAUCAUUCUCCUGUGAGAGCACUUUCUAUCUAUUCCAGCACCACUGGCCCUUUGGUGGCUGCCCUCUGAAUCACCCUGUGUAGACUAGGCUCUUCCAGCCAUGUCGGGAAGAAAGCUGACCUGCCUUUUGUAGGGGCCUCCUGAUGGUCCUUACCUAGCAGGGCAGCUAACGAUCACUGAACCCAUCCCUUCAUUCCCAGUGGAAGCCGGGGGGCUGACCGGAUACUUUUACAAACAUCCUUGCAAUUCUCAUUUUCAGAGGUCAUUCAUAGUAUAGAUUUUUAUAAUUGAGGCAUCAACCAAGUUCCUGUAAAGAAUUGAGGCCAUGAACUAAAUAAUCUGUGCCUGUCCUUCUUUCAAAUCAACUUUUUUUUUAAUGGGGGUAUAUCAUACAAGAUUGUCUAAGUACUUGCAUAAACUAUGAUUAUCCUUAUUGGCAUUGUCUUUCAUAUUACAUUGCAACUACAGAACCUUUUUAAAUGUACCUUUUAAAAAAAAAAAUCUAAAAUGUGGUUGAAUUAGACUGCGGACUAUGUAUUCAAUGCAACACGAUAUUUGCAAGGAUUCUACAAAACACAAGGCUAGUGGUGGUAACGUUUGGAUUCUGGCAAUGAUAUUUAGCGAGUCCAGUCAACAUUGGGACAAUAUUCUAUAUGCAGUCUUUGAUAUGGACAUGAUUCACAUACCAAAUAAAUGCUAACAAUGUA